AUGGCAGGGAUGGAAAUCGGCACUGCCUCCUGCUCCUCUGCGAUGAAUCAUGCGGUGAGGAAGACGAUGAUCGAAGGAAGGAGAGGUUUCAGGCAUGCGGAGGACUCCUCCCUGCCCACAUUGAGCAUGCGGCCAUCCAUCCUAAAUUUUGGGAGCAUGAGCCCUGGGCGACUUAACCUGCGCGGAGGGAGCAGCAAGAAACACGAAGAGCUGCGCGACCUGUUGGUCCGCAUCCUGCCUCCCUUCUUGAGCGCCCCCAGCAAACCUCUCAUCGCAACCAUCAUGCGGCUUCACAGUUUCGCCGCUGUGAUAGGAGGAGCGACCAUGUACCUCAUGGCGAUCUUUGGGCAGCGACAACUGGGCAUGCUAGAAUACGACAGCUCGCACCCAGCUUGUGUCCACCUGGCAAGGCUGAGCGGCUUGUUCUACUGUGCUCUCGGGGCGAUGGAGUUUGUUGCGAGCGGAGAGGUCAAGGAGGAGAACGAGGUCACAUUCGGGAAGGUGUUUGUAGGAUACCACGUCUUGACCUACGUGCAUGACAUCAUGCAGCUGCACACAGGACCAGCAUACAACCUCGUCACCGUCAUCCCUGCCUCUUUCCUGCUCCUUGGGCUCGUCGCGCUGAACUGCUGCUGA